AUGAGUGCGUUUUCCCCUAGGCCUGAGAGAGUGGGAUUAACGUAUACAGGUCACGGCGAACUACCCGAAGGACCGAUGAAAACAAAGAGAUUGAUGCUAGCAGACUCUCGUUUAGAUGUGCCGGUCAAUCAAGAUGGUCUUUCCACAUCAGUACUAGAGACAGUGGUUUCGAACAACAACGAUGCAAUGAAUAUUUUGUUCGAGGCAGCGCUUCAGGAAUCGAAUGAUCCCUCUCAAAAUAUGUCAACGACAGAUAAUUCACGAUCAGUAGCCCCCGAACCGACCAACGCCGAUGUCCUCCGCAUUUGGAAUGCAUGUCGAUUCGUGAGAAUGGGAUGGUUCUCUGCCCAGGAAGCCGUGGUUUUGAUGGACCUAUUCUUCGAAAACAUGGCACCCCUAUCGCCUGUCCUCACAGACUUUUUCGCCUCGCAUAAAAAUCAAUACUAUCUAGAGAAAAUCUCGAAAGCCAAAACACGCACGAUAGGAAGCAUUGAAUCAUUACUACUCAUGUCUGAAUGGCAUCCACGAGCAUUACAAUUCCCACCAGAGGCGGACGGAUGGGAUUCAGACUUUCUCAUGACAAACCCGGAUGUCAGAGAUCCGCCUUCUCUACAUGAAGAUAUCCCAGUAUCCUCCCGAUGGCGGGAAGAUGUCGUUGAGCCCACGAAACGGUUUGAACGUAUGUCCUGGAUUGAACUCAUGAAGUUGACAAGUUCGGUCACGGAUACUCUCUUCCCGCUCAUGAAUAUUUCCAGCUCGGCUGGGUCAUCGGAUACAUUCGUCCCUGUAUUGGAGAGGAAACAAGUCCUGUUGGCGAGCUGGAAACAACGAUAUCUCCAUAUCUCAGACUCAAGUUUCCCCUACACUGAUACCCUAUUCAUCGAGUAUCAACAUCUACGCAUCCUCACCAACUCCAUUGGAAUGCAAAGGAUUGUCCAACGAGUCCUCCAAAGCCAUACCCAACCCUCAGCACAAAGGGAUUCAGUCAUUGACUUCUCUUUCGUCGAACGCGCUAGGCAGCUAAACAUUACAGCAAGAGAAUAUGGCUUCCUCGAAGAAGUAAUAGACGGAUGCUGCCAAACCCUCGACAAGGUAACUCUCUUGGGUGGAUCCUUACACUUCUCACCAAUGAGAAUACUCUUCCGGACAAUAAGCGCGUCAAUAUUCCUUAUGAAAGCCCUCGCUUUGGGAGUACGCAAUUCAAAACUGCAGGAAGCGCUCCAGAUCCUCGAUCGAGCCAUCUUCACACUGCAGGAUAGCAGUCAGGAUGAUAUGCAUUUGAAAUCCCACUAUGCGGCUCUUUUACAAGUCCAAGUCUCGCGUCUGCGAGAAAGUUUAGUAUCCUCAUACUCCGGGGUCGCAAAUGAUCUCCCUUCUCCUAAUUCGUAUGGCGACAUGUCGGGUAUGGAUCUGGGGGAUUUCUCGGACGUUACUAUGAAUGGCUGGUUAUCUUUGCCUUUGGAUCCUUCUAUGGCGCCUUUUGGACCUACAGAGGGGGAUUUUGGGGUUCGGAUGGAUGGUGUUGAUUUGGAUUUGGAUUUUUUGGGGCAAUUACCUCCAUGA